GUAGUUAUAAAACCAGGAUUUCUUCCAGAUAGCUCCUGAGAGCCCCUUGAAAAUGGAGCCAUCUUGGAAAGUGCUCCUUAUUAUUCUCCUGAGUUUUUCAUGCCAGUGGUCAGACUGGGAAUCUGAUAGAAAUUUCAUUUCAGCGGCUAGUCCUCUAACCAGUGACUUACUGCACAGCCUGAGCCAACUGCUGGGAAACCAGAGUUCUCAUUUUGUAGCUGGGUACACGGACAUUUAUUCUUGCCACCAGCCACUGCCCUCUUUCCCUAGUCUUCAUAACAGUAAGAUCACCCACUGUAAAGUAUUUCUGUCAUGGGUACAACUUCUCCCAUCAGGAAGCUCCAGGAAUCCAGAUGGAAAAACGCUGCAGUGCUACCGACAACUCCUUGAGGCCCUCAAGACUGCGGCUCAGCCCAUGGUCAUCUUGCAUCACCCGACCCUCCCCACGAGUACUCUCCAGAGAAGUGAAGACUUUGUUGACCUCUUUGCGGACUACGCCACAUUUGCCUUCUACUCCUUUGGGGACCUAGUUGGGAUCUGGUUGACCUUUAGUGACUUAAAGGGGACGAUGGGUCUUUCUCACAAGCAAUCAAGAGCUCCUCAUCUCCAAACCCUCACUGGCACCCACAGAAAAGUUGAGAUUUACCAUGCAAAAUGUGCCUCUCAGGGUGGAAAGCUCUCCGUGGUCCUCCCUUCUAAAGACCUCUUGGAGGCCCUGCUGCAACCAUCUGUGUCUGCACUUGCCAAGGAUUCAGUUGAUUUCCUCUCUCUUGAUUUGUCUUAUGAAUGCCAAAGUGAGGCAAGUCUACCAGAGAAGCUGAAUAAAUUGCAGAGCAUUGAGCCAAAAGUAAAAGUUUUCACUUUCACUCUAAAACUUCAAGAUUGUCCCUCUACCAAGAAGGACCCUGCCAGGACGCUUGUUGGCCUUUUUGAAGGUGACCAUAAAGACCAUGUACUCAUCAUUGGGCUUGACGUCAGUGCGUUCCUGAGCUGCUCAAGUUCCAAGAAAAGGUACAUGCCGUGCUCUCUGACUGAUGGCCUGGCCCUUCAGAGUGACCAGCAGCAGGACCGUGACCCAGCGCGUGGGCCCUUGUCCUCACGUCGGAGGGUCUGGGAAGCCUUUGCUCACCUGUCCACGACAGAAGGGGAUGCCUUGCUUUCUGCAGAUGUCUUCCCUGAAGGCUUCCUCUGGGGCGUCCCCACAGGAGCCUUUAAUGUGGAAGGGGCCAGCAUCUGGGACGUGUGGACUGAAUGCCACCCGGGCCAAGCGACCCCAGAGGUGGCUAGUGACGGUGACCACAAGUCAGCGUCCCGCAUGGCCCUGCUCCGUGGGCUUCAGGCUCGGGUGGACGAGUUCUCCAUCUCCUGGUCCCGGGUCUUCCCUACUGGGCACAGGCGCAGCCUCAACCUCCAAGGAGUCGCUUACUACAACCAGCUGACCGAUGCCCUGCGGAACUCGCACGCGGAGCCCAUGGUGACGCUGUCCCGCUGGGACCUGCCUCGGGCCCUGGGGGCUGGGCGGUGGCAGAAUGAGAGCGCGGUGGAUGCCUUUCUGGGCUACGCAGCCUUUUGCUUCUCUGCUUUCGGGGACUGUGUGAAGCUGUGGGAGACCUUCCAAGAGCCACGGGCGGUGAGCUAUGCUGCGCCAGGCAUUUCUGACCCGGGAGUGGCCUCUUGUAAGGUGGCUCACUUGAUUCUCAGGGCUCAUGCCAGAACUUGGCACCACUACAAUAGUCACCAUCGUGCUCAGCAGCAGGGGAGUGUGGGCAUCGUGCUGAACUCGGACUAGGCAGAGCCUUUGUCUCCAGAGCAGCCCGAAGACCUCACAGCCUCUGAGCGCUUCUUGCACUUCAUGCUGGGCUGGUUUGCACACCCCUACCCUCCUGCCAUGAAGGCUCAGAUUCAACAGCUAAACAAACAGUGCUCCAGUCUUGUGGCCCAGCUCCCAGAGUUCACGGAGGCAGAGAAGCAGCUCUUACAGGGCUCUGCUGACCUUCUGGGUCUGUCUCAUUAUACCUCCCGCCUCAUCAGCAAGGCCCAACAGGAUACCUGCCUACCUAGCUAUGACAACAUAGGAGGCUUCUCCCAACACGUGGACCCUGCGUGGCCUCAAACUUUUCCUUGGAUUUGCGUGGUGCCCUGGGGUAUAAGAAGGCUGUUGCGAUUUGUCUCCAUGGAGUACACAAAAGGUAAAGUUCCCAUCUCCCUGGCUCGGAAUGGCAUGCCCGCGGGGGAAAGUGACAGUGGCUUUGACGACUCCUCAAGAGUGGCCUACUUCAAGCAGUACAUCAGUGAGGUGCUAAAAGCUGUGAAGGAGGACGUUGUGGAUGUUUGCUCUUAUGCUCGGUCUCUCACUGAUGGCUUCGAAGGCCCUUCUGGUUACAGCCAGAGAUUUGGGCUUCACCACGUCAACUUCAAUGAUGGCAGCAAGCCAAGGACUCCCGGGAAAUUUACCUGCUUUUUCACCAGCAUCAUUGAAAAGAAUGGUUUUCUCACUAAGGUAGUAAAAAGACCGCCACCAUCACAUAUAGCAGACUUCCCCUCCAAAACCAGAACCUUCAAUUUUCCAUCUGAGCUGCCCUCCAAGGCAGUUUGGGAAAAGUUCUCCAAACAAUCCAAGUUUGACAGAGACUUUUUCUACCAUGGCACAUUCCGGGGUGACUUUCUGUGGGGGUCGUCGGCCUAUCAAAUAGAAGGGGCUUGGGAUGCUGAUGGCAAAGGCCCCAGCAUUUGGGAUAAGUUCACACACACACCAGGGAGUGCAGUGAAAGACAACGCCACUGGAGAAGCCUGUGACAGCUAUAACAACCUGGAUGCUGAUCUUGAUACACUUCCAGCUCUGAAGGUGAAGUCCUAUCGCUUCUCUAUAUCCUGGUCUCGGAUUUUCCGACGGGACAAUUGUAUCAACAGAGCUGGUGUUGAAUGUUACCACAGACUGAUCAACGGCUUGGUGGCGAGCAACAUCUUGCCCACGGUGACAGUGCUUCACUGGGACUUGCCCCAGGCCCUUCAGGAUAUUGGAGGCUGGGAAAACCCCUCCUUGAUGGAGUCGUUUGACAGCUACGCCGACUUCUGUUUCCAGACCUUUGGUGAAGUCAAGUUCUGGAUGACUUUUAAUGAGCCCUUAGUGCAGGCCUGGUUUGGGUAGGGCGUGGGGAAUUUCCCCCCAAAUGUGAAGGACCCAGGCUGGGGCCCUUACAGGAUCGGUCAUGCAAUCAUCAAAGCCCAUGCCAGAGUGUACCACACUUAUGAUGAGGAGUACAGGCAGCAGCAGCAGGGAGUCAUCUCAUUGAGCCUCAACACACACUGGGCACAGCCCAAGUCUCCAGGGGUCCCCACAGAUAUAGAAGCAGCUGACCGAAUGCUGCAAUUCAGCUUGGGCUGGUUUGCCCACCCCAUUUUCAGAAAUGGAGACUAUCCUGAUGUCAUGGAGUGGAAAGUGGGGAACAGGAGUGAGCUACAGCACUUGGCCACCUGCCGCCUGCCGGGUUUCACUGAGGAGAAGAAGAGGUACAUGAGAGGUUCAGCUGACGUCUUCUGCCUCAACACCUACUCGUCUAGACUUGUGAAGCACACAACACCAGUGAAGCCACCUUCCUACCAGUGUGACCAGGAGACCAUUGAGGAAGAGGACCCUUGGUGGCUUGUCACAGCGAUAAACAGCUGCACCCUGGGGGAUACGCAGACUGCUGAAUGGAUCAAGGAGGAGUAUGGUGACGUCCCAUCUACAUCACUGAGAGUGGGGCUAAGUGCAGCUGUGCAGGACACCGACAGGGUAUUUUACUACAGAACCUACAUCAGUGACGCUUUGAAAGCUUACAGGCUUGAUGGCGACCUUCCAGGGUAUCCCGCCUGGUCUCUGAUGGACAACUUUGCGUGGCUCCAUGGUUAUACUGUCAAGUUUGGUCUGUACCACGUUGACUUUGAGGAUGUGGACAGGACUCGUACAGCGAGAGCUUCGGCCAGCUACUACACCGAGGUCAUUACCAACAAUGCCAUGCUGAUGCCCAAGGAAGAUGAGUUCCUGUAUGGGGAGUUUCCCAAGGGCUUCAUCUGGAGUGCAGUUUCUGCUGCAUAUCAGAUCGAGGGUGCAUGGAGAGCAGAUGGAAAAGGACUUUGUAUCUGGGAUACGUAUUGUCUCACACCAAUAAGGAUUGAAAAUGACGACACUGGAGAUGUGGCCUGCGACAGUUAUCACAAGAUUGCUGAGGAUGGGGAUGCCCUGCAGAACCUGUGCGUAUCCCACUAUCGCUUUUCCAUCUCCUGGACUCGCAUUUUCCCUGAUGGAACCAACGAGUACAUCAAUGAACUGGGCCCGAACUAUUAUGUGCAGCUCAUCGAUGCAUUGCUGGCUGCCAACAUCAAGCCCCAGGUGACCCUGUACCACUGGGACCUACCUUAGGCACUCCAGGAAGUCGGAGGCUGGGAGAAUGAGACCAUUGUGCAGAGGUUUAAAGAGUAUACAGACGUGCUCUUCCAGAGGCUGGGGGACAUGAAGUUCUGGAUCACACUGAAUGAGGCCUUUGUCGUUGCUUUCCAUGGUUAUGGCACUGGGAUGGCAGCUCCAGGAAUCUCCUCUAGGCCUGGUGCUGCUCUGUACACUGCUGGCCACAACCUAAUAAAGGCUCAUGUUGAGGCCUGGCAUCUGUACAAUAAUGUGUACCGUGCCAGUCAAGGCGGCAUGAUUUCCAUCACCAUCAGCAAUGACUGGGCUGAGCCCAGGGAUCUCUCAAACCAGGACGAUGUGGAGGCAGCUAGGAGAUAUGUUCAGUUCAUGGGAGGAUGGUUUGCACAUCCUAUUUUCAAGAAUGGAGAUUACCCUGAUGUGAUGAAGACACGGAUCCGUGACAGGAGCUUGGCGGCAGGCCUCAACGAGUCUCGGCUCCCAGAGUUCACAGAGAGGAGGAGGAUCAAUGGCACCUACGACUAUUUUGGGUUCAAUCACUAUACCACUGUCCUGGCCUACAACCUUAACUACUCUGUCAUCUCUUCCUUCGAUGCAGACAGGGGAGUUAUGGCCAUUACAGAUCGUUCUUGGCCAGACUCCGGCUCCUUCUGGCUGAAGAUGACACCUUUUGGCUUCAGGAGAAUCCUGAUCUGGUUGAAGGAGGAGUACAACAAUCCUCCAAUUUAUGUAACAGAGAAUGGAGUGUCUCAGAGGGGAGAGGUAGACCUGAAUGACACUGCAAGGAUUUAUUAUCUCUGCAGUUAGAUCAACGAGGCCCUCAAAGCUGUGCAGGAUAAGGUGGACCUUCAUGGAUACACGGUGUGGACUGUGAUGGAUAACUUUGAGUGGGCCACCGGCUUACAGAGAUUUGUUCUGCACUAUGUGAACCACACUGACCCUUCUCUGCCAAGAACCCCUAAAGAGUCAGCCAAGUUCUACACCUCCAUAGUCCGGUGCAAUGGUUUCCCCAACCCUGCAUCAUGGUCUCACCCUUGUCUCCAGCAGCUGGAAGAUGCUGAACCCACCACCAGCCCGGUAGAGGAGGUGCUGUUCCUAGGGUUAAUGCUCGGAUCAGAAGCACAGACAGCUUUGUACGUACUCUUUCUCACGCUUCUUGGAGUCUGUGGCUUGGCAUUUCUAUCAUACAAGUACUGCAAGCUCUCCAAGAAAGACAAAACACAACCAAGCCAACAGGAAUUAAGUCGUAUGUCUUCAUUCUAA